GUGAGAAACCCUGUCCUUCUCCUUAUCGAAACUUUGCCUAAAACAGCUAAAGAGAUGAUUGAAAACCUUAUUGAAGAAGCAGCAGUUAUCAGUGAGAACAUUUUAAAGUAUGCAAAUUACCAGAAUGUGCUUGACAGUUCCAUUACUGACAUGAAAUCGGUGUCUGUGGAAAAGCUGUCACACAGAAGUCAGGCUGGAGAUUCUCAGAGGGUGAAUGCUGAACUCUCGGAAAUUCAAAGUGAACUAGCAUUGCGCAAAUUAUUAUGGGAUUCUCAUGAAGAAUGGACAAAACUUGUAUUUAAGUGGAAACACACGAUCUUUUGGAAUCUUGAUGUAGAUAUAAUUCAAAGGGAUGUUAACAGAUUCAUGCAGAUAAUUCAUAUCCUUGAAAAAGGCUUGCCGGAAAAUACUAUUUUACCAGCUAUGAAAAGAUCAUUGAUGGAUUUUAAGGAAUCCUUGCCUAUAAUCAUAUCUUUAAGGAAUCCUAGUCUUCAACGAAGGCAUUGGGAAACAAUACAGAAUAUUGUUGGACAACCACUUUCUUGGGAUAAAAGACUUACUUUGGAGAAGAUUCUGGAACUCAAUGAGGGACCUAGUGAUCCUAAACAAGGCUGCCGGGCAGCAUUCUGCGGACGCGAUAAGGGCGGAGAAGUAGAGGCACUUCGCUGCUCUUAUUGCCACAAGAUGUUUCAGUAUGGAAAAGAUAUUAAUGAUAUAUCCAUAAGAGCUACCAGAGAAACAACUCUUGAAGAAAUGUUGAAAAAAAUCAUUGCUCUUUGGCAUAAAACUGAUUUUCAUUUAUGUCCCUAUCACACUGAAUCAUCGAGUACUUGUAUUAUUUCAUCUGUGGAAGACAUAAUUACUCUGUUAGAAGAAUCUCUGAUGACAAUGUCAACCAUUAAAAGUUCUUGUUUUGUUGAGCCAAUUAAGAAUCUUGUUUAUGCUUGGGAUCAUAAGAUAAACCUCAUUUCUUGUACUUUGGAGGAAUGGUUAACUUGUCAGAGGCACUGGAUAUAUCUUGAGCCAAUCUUUCAUGCUUCAGAAAUAAAAAGACAGCUUCCAGAAGAAGCCAGUCUCUUCUCUGUAGUUGAUAACAAAUGGAAAGAAAUCAUGAAAUUUGUAGGAGAGACUCCAAAUGCUCUUAAGGCAACUACAACUAGUGGAAUUUUUGAAAUACUGCAGAGCAACAAUGCAUCACUGGAAAAAAUACAGAAGGCUCUUGAGGAGUAUCUUGAAGUUAAACGUAUGAUUUUCCCAAGAUUUUAUUUUCUCAGCAAUGUGGAACUCCUUGACAUAGUAGCUGAAAGUAAAAAUCCUGAUGCUGUGCAGCCUCAUCUUAUGAAGUGUUUUUCAAAUAUGAAGAAAUUAUAUAUACGGACGCAACCGCAGAGACCUCCAGUGGUUUUAAUGUUUAGAUCUGCUGAAGGAGAGAUUCUUCUAGUACCAAAGGGUAUUCGUAUUAGAGGUCCUGUGGAACAAUGGCUUAGAAAUGUUGAGAGUACCAUGUACAAUAUGGUAAGAAAAAAAGUUUAUGGUGACACUGGAACUGUGAUGGUUAUGGAGAUGAAUCUACCUGGAUAUGAAAUUGAUGCCAUCUUGUUGGCUAAGAUUCCAAAAGAUUUGCAGCAAAUAUUAGAUAGUCACAUAAAGUUUACUCAGAAAUGUGAAGCAGCCCUAUCAAGUUCUAAUUCAAAAAAGGAGAUGAUAGAAGACCGGGAUGAUCUGAUCAACCUUCUAGAGCAACUUACAGAGAUAGCAUCAGAUGUUCUUUCCUAUCACAAACAAAGCACAUUAGAAGCUUUGGCUUCUUUGUACAUCCAUAACAGAGAUAUAUUAUCUAUACUGAUAGAUCAAGAGAUUAAUGACAUUAAAGAUUUUGAAUGGACAAGGCAAUUGCAUUACAAAUGGCAUGAACACAACCUGUGCACAGUUAUUCAAGGUUAUGCUUCCUUUGAAUAUGGUUAUGAAUACUUAGGCUGCUCUCCACGAUUGGUUAUCACUCCUCUUACUGAUCGAUGUUGGUUAUCCAUUACUGGAGCUCUACAAUUAAAUCUAGGAUGUUGUCUUGCUGGUCCAGCUGGUACAGGAAAAUCGGAGACUGUUAAAGAUCUGUCAAAAGCUUUGGGAAAAUUCUGUCUUUCAUACAAUUGUUCUGAAGGUUUGGAUGAUAAGAUGAUGGGAAAGUUGUUCUUUGGGCUUGUUCAGUCUGGAGUGUGGUGUUGUUUUGAUGAAUUCAAUCGGAUUGAUAUAGAAGUCCUCUCUGCAAUUGCUUCACAUCUUCAAGCAAUCAAAGCAGCUAAAGAUAGCUUCAGUGUCAGAUUUAUACUGGAAGGAAAAGAAAUCCGUCUGAAACAACAAUGUGCAAUUUUUAUUACCAUGAAUCCUGGAUACAAAGGACGUGUAGAACUUCCAGACAACUUAAAAUCAUUAUUUCGUCCUAUGUCAAUGGUGAUACCAGAUUAUGAACUCAUUACUGAAAUAAUGUUGUUUUCAGAAGGUUUCAAAUCAGCAAAAUUACUCUCAGGGAAGAUAGUAAAUCUUUACCAACUUUCUAGCAAAAGACUAUCACAGCAGGAUCACUAUGAUUUUGGUAUGAGAGCUAUCAAAACUGUGUUAAUAAGAGUUGGUCAAAAGCGUCAGGAGUUGAAAAUACAGUUUUCUGCAACGGAAGAAACACUAAUCACAAUUGGCAUACUGAAGGAAGUUAAUUUACCAAAGUUAAUUGCUGAGGAUGUUCCAAUAUUUGAAGAUAUUAUCACAGAUCUCUUUACAGGAAUGGAAGUUCCAAAAGUAAAUCCUAAACGAUUAGAGAGUGCAAUAUCUCUUGCAAUACAGCAUUUAUCUUUGCAGCCUUGGGAAAAUCAAAUAGAGAAGGUUAUACAACUAUACAACCAAAUUAUGGCUCGUGUUGGUGUGAUGCUUGUUGGCCCCACAGGUGGAGGAAAGACUACCAUUAGAACAAUUUUAGAAAAAGCCUUGAUAAUCCUUCCAUUAGUUGAUAUGGAAAGCAGUACAAAACUUGAUAUUUUUCAGAAUAUCUCAAAGAGAAGCAAAGUAGAUACUUUUGUUAUAAACCCAAAGUGUAUUACUGUUGGUGAACUCUUUGGACAGACAAAUCCUAGUACAAUGGAAUGGUCAGAUGGACUAUUAUCAUCAGCAGUUCGAGGGUUUGCCAAACUUGGAACUAAAAAAACUAAAAAAAAAGAUCCAAGCAUUGGUAUAAAUUCAGAUGGGCCGGACCUAUAUACACUGAAUACAGUGAAUGUAGCUGAUGCAGUUGUGACUGAUGAAACUGUACAAUCAGCAGAGAAUAUUCAACGUGAAAAUAUUCUUGACUGGCAGUGGAUUAUCCUGGAUGGCCCAGUAGAUCCAGUCUGGAUAGAAAACUUAAAUUCUGUUCUAGAUGACAGCAGAACAUUAUGCCUUGCUAACAGUGAAAGAAUUUAUCUAUCACCAGGCAUCAGAAUGAUAUUUGAAGUGGACAGUGUCUCUCAAGCCAGCCCAGCCACAAUUAGUAGAUGUGCCAUGGUUUACGUGGAUCCCACUGAUCUGGGAUGGGAGCCUUAUGUCAAGACAUGGCUGGAAACCAUUUCUGAAAUAAUACCAGAAAAUAGUAUUGAAUAUCUUGAAAGUUUGUUUCACUCAAGUAUAAAGCUAGGGUUAGCUUUUCUAAAUAAACAUAAGAAAAUGCAAGCAUUUCCUGUACAUCAGAUGGGAAUAGUUGUGAACAUUUGCAGAAUUAUUGGUUCAUUUAUUCAUGUAAUGAACCUAGGUCAAGGAUUACAAUGCAGUAAGAAAAGACGACAAAGUAGCACAGUGAGUUUCUCAAACACCAUGAGUGAUUCUCCACAAUUUUUAAAUGAAUUCAGUUCAUUCAGUGGAAGGGUCCCAUCAAUAAUGAAGAAAAGGGGUGAUGCAACAUGGUUUUGGGAAAAGGAGCCUAAUAAAGUGUUCAUAUUAUUAGGGAAAAUUUUCAUAUUUGCAUUUACUUGGGCUAUUGGAGGAAUUUUAAAACGAGAGGAAGAACAUGAAGGUGAAACUCUCAUUGGUAUAAACACUAGCCAAGAUGAACUUGCACGUGUAACACGUGACUUCAAUUACCUUGUUCGUGAUUUAUUUGAAAGAAAACCACCUGCUAAUAUUCAGUUUCCAUCUGGAGAUAAAACAGUUUUUGAUUAUUUUGUGGAUUUACAAACAGGUGAAUUUGAGCCAUGGGGACAUUUAGUUCCUAGCACACAAUUUCUUAUUCAGAAGGAGACAUCAGAUAUUUCAGAUUCUGAUAAUAACUUGUCAGAAAACCAAGAAAAGAAAACAGAGCCCUCUGCAUUUAUUCCCAAUAUUGAUACAAUUCGUCACAGCUUCCUAGCAAGUCUUCUUUUAUUGACAAAGCACCCAGUACUGAUUAUAGUUUCAGCUCUCAGCCUAAUAAGAGAAGACGGUGAUCUAGAAGAACCAUCUUCAGAAAGUACAAAAAGUCCUAUCAUUUGUAAAUUACAACUAGGUGCUCAUACAACUGCAGCCCAAACAAAGGCUUUGAUCAUCCAGAAAUUAAUACUGAAAAGUAAAGAUACCAUGGGUGCUCCACAAUCUAAACAAGCAGUAUUGUUUAUUGAUGAUCUGAACAUGCCAAUUGCAGAAGAGUAUGGAUCUAAGCCACCAUUAGAGCUCAUCCGUCAGUUUGUGGAGCUGAGAGGAUUUUAUGACAUUAAACAGCUUGAAUGGAAGCAAGUUCAGGAUGUUGCUUUGGUUGCAUGCUGUACACCUCUAAGUGUAGGAAGUAAUGAAAUUAGUGCUCGUCUUCUGUCCAAUUUUUGCAUCUUAGUUUUGCCUGCAACUUCCUUACAGUCUUUGCAACGUAUUUUCCAGGUACGUCUGGGCACAUACUUUUACAUCAACAGAUUCUUGGUUGAAGUUCAGAAGUGUACGGAUAAUUUAACAUGUUGCUCUAUUGCACUGUACUAUAGAAUGCUUCAUAAAAUGCUUCCAACACCUGCUAAGCGCCAUUACACAUUUAACCUACGAGAUCUUUUUAAGGUACUUGAAGGACUACUUCAAGCCCAUAAGUCAAUCAUUGUUUCAAAAGAAACAACAGCAUUGUUCUUUAUACAUGAAUCUACUCGAGUUUUUCAUGACCGUCUGGUUGAUCACACAGAAAAAGAGACAUUUUAUCAGUUUCUUUCAGAUGAGCUGAACAAUUAUUUUAAAAUUGGAUUGGAAGGCAAUGGAAAAGCAACCUGUGCAUCCUUAGCCUGUUAUGUAUCUGAAUGCAGUAUCUAUAGGUUAUCUACUACCUACAGUUACAGCUAUGCAAAUUUUCAACAGGAUAUUAAAAAUGUCUAUAAACAAGCAGGAGCAGAAGGCAAGAGGACUGUUCUUCUCAUUACAAACUCAGACAUAAUUCAAGAGUCAUUUUUGGAAGACCUAAGUUGUAUUCUGAAAUCAGGACAAGUCCCCAGCCUAUUUGAAAAGGAUGAGUUGGAUAACAUUGUUGAAUCACUUACAUCAGUUGCUGAAAUGGCUAAUCAUUCCAACAAAAUAGAUGAUAUCUAUUCUUUCUUCUUACAGAGAGUACGCCACAAUCUUCAUAUAGUUUUGACAAUAAGUCCUACAGGAGUGGUUUUCCAUCAACAUUGUCGGACAUAUCCUGCCAUUUUGAACUGCUGUACAGUAGACUGGUAUGAAAAUUGGCCUGAAGAGGCCCUUUGCCAUGUAGCAAAAAGUUACUUUAGCCAGAAUGAGACAUUUCGGAAUGAGAAUUUAAGAAAUGUUCUUAUCCACAUGACUGUUAAUAUUCACAAGAAUGUAUCUAUGAUAAUUGAGAAGUACUUGAAGGAAACUAAAAGGCACUAUUACAUCACUCCCAAAAGUUACUUGCAAUUUAUAAAUACUUUUUCUACAAUAUUGCAGACCACAAAAGAGAAAAUUCUGAGUGAGAGAGCAUGCUAUCAUUCUGGUCUGACAAAAAUCUUGGAUGCAACUUCACAGAUUACAGAUAUGCAAAAUGAGUUACUUGUCCUUGGACCUCAAAUAGAGUCAAAAUCAAAGGAAAUAGAAGAACUUGUAGCUAAACUUCACAAAGAUACUUUAAUAGUAGAGCAAGUUCGAACUAUUGUUAAACAAGAUGAAGAAACUAUGGCUGUCGAAACUAAAAUUGUGGAAGCAUAUGCUAAGCAAGCAACAGAAGAACUCAAUGCUGUAUUACCAUCUUUGGAGAAAGCCCUGAGUGCUCUUGAUGCACUUGACAAAAAUCACAUUGCAGAAAUUAGAGUAUAUACUCAUCCGCCUCCACUUGUAUUAACUGUUAUGAAUGCAGUUUGUGUUCUUCUUCAAAAGAAACCAAACUGGACAACGGCAAAAUUACUACUUGCAGAUCCAGGAUUCCUUAAAAAAUUGAUUACUCUUGACAUAGAUAAUUUACCAGAAAAGGUUUUUCUGCAGUUGAAAAAAUAUGUGAGGUCGCCUGAUUUCAGUCCAGUGAAAGUGGGACUUGUGUCUAUUGCCUGUUGCUCUAUAUGUCAGUGGAUUUUAGCUUUGGAUCACUAUCACAUUGUUAAAAAGUUUGUAGAUCCAAAACAAGCAAAGGUAGCAGAAGCAGAGGAAUUAUUGAAUCGUGCACUUAAUAAAUUAGCUGAAAAACAAAGAACUUUAGCCCUGAUUGAACUACAUCAACAAAAUUUAGAAGCAUUGUAUGAUGAAAGUAUUGCUGAACAGGAAAAACUAGCAGCUCGAAAAAAUCAGACGACUCGCCGUUUACACAGUGCAUCUAUAUUAAGCAUAGCUCUUAAGGAUGAAAUGGAACGCUGGAAAGAAUCUGUUAAUAACCUUGAUCAAAGAUUGCAAGGAAUUGUAGGUGAUACCCUUAUAUCAGCAGCUAGUAUUGUCUAUAGUGGAAUGUUAUCAGCGGGGUAUCGUCAGCAGCUAGUCAAUGACAGUUUGAAACUCUGCAAUGAGAACAAUAUUCUAGUGUCUCCAAAUUACUCAUUGGUAAACUGCAUGACAGACAAGAAUGAGGUCCGCAGAUGGCAAAAUGCAGGUUUGCCACUUGAUCAAUACUCCACAGAAAAUGCAAUACUUAUUAAACAUGGACGACGGUGGCCUUUAUUAAUUGAUCCCGAAAGGCAGGCUUACAAAUGGAUAUGUCAAAUGGAAGGUGGCAAACUACGACAAAUCCACAUUACAGAUGUCAAUUAUUUAAAAAUACUUGAAUAUUCUCUGCAGUUUGGUGAAUCAGUCCUAUUGCAGGAUUUUCCUGAAACAUUGGAUUCAAAUUUAAAACCAAUCUUAAAGAAGGAGGUCUACAAAAAAGGAGGGCAAGAAUUCAUUAGAAUAGGAGGUUCUGAAAUUCAGUACAAUUCAGACUUUCGAUUAUACCUGACAACACAGAAAGCCAAUCCUAAUUUUCUGCCAGCAACAUGCAAUAUUGUUACAGUGAUAAACUUCAUUUUAACAUUCCAUGGUUUACAAGAUCAGCUUUUAUCUGCUGUUGUAAAUAAGAAAAAACCUGAGCUUGAAAAACAGCAUUGUGAGUUGAUGGAAAGCAUAUCAAUUGAUCUGGCAGCACUACGUGAAUAUGAACAAAAAUCACUUAAACUUUUACAAAAAACUAAUGGGCACCUUUUAGAUGACCAAGACCUCAUUGACAAUUUGCAGCAAACAAAAAUUACCUCCUCAGAGAUUUUUCAGCGUGUUGCAGAUUCAGCAGCAACAGAAGUCACCAUAGAAGGAUUGCGUAAAGCCUAUCUUCCUAUAGCAACUCGUGGUGCUGUGCUCUACUUUGUAAUAUCAGAUCUUGUACACAUCAACCAUGUGUAUCAGUUUUCACUGAAUUGGUUUCAUAAGAUCUUUGUAGACUCCACCGAUGAUGUAAAGAAAAGUGACAUUUCUCUCAGUGAUUCUAUUUCUAGAACUAAAAUAAGUCGAUUUAGGAAGCAAAAUGGAGAAACAUCAUCCGAAAAUGAGAACGAUAUAGACCACUUCAAAAUAUAUAUUAAUGAUAUGAUGGAGACACUAACACAUCAUGUCUACGAGACAGUUUCUUCAGCUCUGUUCAGUAAACAUAAGCUAUGCUUUGCUUUUCUACUGUGCACAGCAAUCAUGAAAAAUAAUUGUGGUGAAAAUUUAUUUACUGAUAAGCUUGGAUUUAUAUCAGAGAACCAGUGGAAAUUCUUUCUGCACUCUAGCAUGAUAGCAAAUAUCAGCCAAUCAUCAAUAUCUGACUAUACUGGUUUGGGUGUAUUUAAGAAAACUCCUCCACUCCCCUGGAUAAGUGAAAUGAUGUGGAAAGAAUGCCAGUACAUGAGUACUUACAUGUCAGCAUUCAGCCUAUUGUGCAAUUCUCUGUCAACAUAUUCUCAACAGUGGAGAACUUUUCUGGAUAGUGAGAAUGUAUAUAAUUUGAUUAGUACAAGUUAUAGACCAUUAUCAGCAAAGCAAGACUCACAACCACAAGUAGCAAGAGAAAGUGAAGAUAAGGAGAGUACACCUUUAAUUUUUCCUUGGGAAAAGCUUUCUCCAUUUGAAAGACUUACCUUGAUAAAAGUUCUCCGUUCAGAAAUGUUAAACAGUGCUGUACAAGGCUUUAUAUCUGAGAAAUUAGGGGCUAGGUAUCUUCAGACUGGAGGAAUUAAUUUAAAAAGAAUAUAUGAAGAAUCUGAUUCUACAACUCCACUAAUUCUCAUCCAUACCCAUGGGAUAGACAUUGCAGCAGUUGUCCUACGCUUUGCCCAGGAAAUAAAAAGUAGUACAAAACAUGUGACAAUGAUAUCUCUGGGACGUGGCCAAGGCAGCAAAGCUGAAGAAUUGAUAUAUAAAGCACAAAUACUGAGUGAACAGUGGGCGUUCCUUCAGAAUUGUCAUCUUGCAGCUUCCUUUAUGCCCAGAUUGUGCAAAAUUGUUGAUUCCUUUAUGCUACCUGACAUAAAUAUAAACCCAGGGUUUAGACUAUGGUUAAGUUCAACACCAGAUACUUCUUUACCCAUACCUAUCUUGAGAAGAGGGCUAAAGAUAGUAAUAGAGACUCCACAAGGCCUAAAAGGAACACUGCUUCAAACUUUUGGAUUAGGUGACACUGGUAUAGUAACAGAAGCUAUAUUUAAUAAGACCAACUGUGGGCCAUCAUGGAAAACACUGUUAUUUAGCCUAUGUUUCUUCAAUGCUGUCAUUCAUGAAAGAAAGAAAUAUGGAGUUUUGGGCUGGAACAUUCCAUAUGAAUUUAACUCUUCAGAUCUAGAGAUUUCUAUCAAAAUACUGGAGAUGCUUCUUGAGAAGCACCAAAAGAUUCCUUGGACAGCAUUGCAUUAUUUGACUGGAGAAGUAACAUAUGGAGGCCAUGUAACUGAUAAUUGGGAUCAUCGAUGUUUGCUUACUAUUUUGGAUAAUUUUUAUAAUCCUUCUGUAUUGCAAGAACAUUUUGUUUAUACUGCUGAUGAGGUGUAUGGACCGAUAUCUGAAUUAGAUAGUUUAAAAGACUGCAGAGCCUAUCUACGAUCUCUUCCAGAAAUGGAUUCACCAGAACCUUUUGGAAUGCAUCAUUGUGCUGAAAGAGUAUAUUUAAAAGCUCAGGCACAAUUAUUUAUUGAUUCAAUUGUCAGUACCCAGCCAGCAUACUGCACAGACACUAUCAGUGGUAGAAAGAGUCAGGAUGAAAUAGUACUGGAAAUAGCAUCCGAUAUUCUAAUAACACUACCAUUGACUGUAGAGACUAUGGAAGAGGCAUCUGCAAAUACAUAUGAGUCUAGAGAAAAGGUGACACUUAGAAGCUUCAUGUCUGGACCAGUUUGGGCUGCACUUGUGAAAGCUACAGAAGGUUUUUAUUCUUUUACCAGUUCACCUUUGCUAGCUGUCUUGCGCCAGGAGAUUGACCAAUGUAAUAAUUUACUGUAUAUAAUAAUUAAGUCAUUACAUGAACUUCAACAAGGACUCAAAGGAGAGAUUAUCUUCACUUCAAGAUUAGAAGAGCUUUAUAAUUCAAUAUUGAAAGGGAAAGUAGCUGAUCUGUGGGAGAAACAUUCUUUUAAGACAAAUAAAUCUUUAGGAUCCUGGAUUGAUGAUCUCAUUAUACAAGUGAAUUUCUUUGCUGUGUGGGCUGAUCGAAUUAUCACCUUUAUGCAAUCAAGGUUUAAUGAUUUAAUGAUACUUCAGAGGCAAAGCAAAAUACCAUUUCAGAUUGGUGAAAAUCCUGACUUUCAUGACAGUUAUCAGGGACAUCCUAGUUUCUUUUGGCUUCCAGGUUUCUUUUUUCCACAUGGAUUUCUUAUUGCUGUGUGUCAGAAUUAUGCUCGGCUGAAUAAAAUACCAGUGGAUUCGCUUACUUUUACCCAUGAAGUGCUUCCAUUAAUUCAAGAUAAAGAUUUAAGCUGCAGUAGAAAGGAAAGCGUAUUAAACAAAGCUUUUAUGGAAAGUUCUUGGUGUGGACCUGGAAUUAAAGUGUAUGGCUUAUACAUAGAUGGAGCAUGCUGGAAUCCCAGUACACAGGCUUUGGAUGAAACUGAACUUCACAGAAGAUUUUAUCCAUUACCAGACAUCCAAUUUUUACCACAAAAGAUUACCUUUUGCCCAAGUCACUCUUAUGAAGAAGAACGCCUGCUCUUAUAUGAAUGUCCAUUAUACAAGACAUCUCAAAGAUCAGGAAUGCUGUCGUCUACGGGUGCAUCUACAAAUUUUAUAACUGUAGUUAAUCUGCCAAGUCUGGUAACUCCCAGCCACUGGAUAUUGAGAGGAGUUGCACUGUUAUGCCAAAUGGAUGAUUAA